CGUUCUAGUAGCUUGAGGUAUCGGCGGGAGCUGCCGAGUAGCGCGAGCAGCCGUUACCAGAGCCGGAGCUGCCGGUUAAACCUGAUCAAGAUGACAACUUCCCAAAAGCACCGAGACUUCGUGGCAGAGCCCAUGGGGGAAAAGCCAGUGGGGAGUCUGGCCGGGAUUGGUGAAGUCCUGGGCAAGAAGCUGGAGGAAAGGGGCUCUGAUAAGGCUUAUGUUGUUCUUGGCCAGUUUCUGGUGCUAAAGAAAGACGAAGACCUCUUCCGAGAAUGGCUGAAAGACACGUGUGGUGCCAAUGCCAAGCAGUCCCGGGACUGCUUUGGGUGCCUUCGAGAAUGGUGCGAUGCCUUCUUGUAGUGCACUCUGGGGACUCCUCAGUUCCCCCAGCCACAGAAUAUAGUCUGCAGAGUCGGCAGCUGGGUGGGGCUCCUCCCUGUCCCCAUGAAGGAAAAGAUUGCUGUUGUCACAGUCACCUCCUUUGUACUCCGGGGUCUUUUGGGAGUUCUCUUCCCCACAGCCUUUCAUCCAUU